AGCACUCGUCUCAACGACAACGAACCUCCACACGCGCGCACUUUUAGACUUGGGUGUCAUGGCGGCUCCGUUGGAGAGGAAGAUGAAGGUGUGGGAGCUGGUGCUGCGGUGCCUCGUCGGCGGCUUCGGCGCGGUGGCGGCGGCGCUGGUGGUCACCGACAGUCAAACCAGGACCUUCUUCUCCCUCGAGCGGAGGGCCAAGUACACCGACAUGAAGGCUCUGGUGCUCCUGGUGGCCGCCAACGGCGCUGCCGUCGUGUACAGUCUGCUGCAGGCGGCGCGCUGUGCCAUGGCGAUGGCGAGGGGAGGCGGCGCCCUAGUCAUGAGCAGCAGGGCGCUCGCCUGGUCGGUCUUCUCCGGCGACCAGCUGCUGGCGUACGCGAUGCUGGCCGCGACGGCAGCGGCGCUGCAGUCGUCGCUGCUCGGGAAGCUAGGGCAGCCGGAGCUGCAGUGGAUGGGGAUCUGCAGCCUCUACGGCGCCUUCUGUAAGCAGGUCGGCGCGGGCAUCGCGUGCGCCGUCGUCGCGGGGCUGGCCGCCGUGCUCCUCGCAUCUUUCUCCGCGUUCAACCUGUUCCGCCUCUACGGCGGCAACAAGGGGAGCAGUACUACUAGAAACGGAGCAACGUGGUACUAGGAUAGAAAGUCAAGUCAGUGAAGAUAAAACGAUCUCAGCGACUUCAGAUUUCAGAAUGUAGAGUGGACCAUCAAUCUCUGAAAAGAUCAACGAUGGGUCCUUCCUAACUUUUCUUGGUGUAACUUCAACAAGCUGGACUGUGAAGACGUCUAUCCUAGAACAUUGCGGCUCCUAA